AUGGCGCAACAAGGAAACGCGCCCAAGUCGCGCAACAGCUCACUCCCGUCGGUGCUGCUUCGCUCAGCCGUUCUCAUCGGGGUGUUGUCCCUUGCGCUGACAUACCUUGACGCGCCGCUCUGGUCCCGAAUUGCAGAAGGCUUCGGCCGCAGCCGCGACAAGUAUGCCGUCGGCAGUGGCAGUGGCAUCUGCAGACAGGAAGUUAAGCUCUCGCCAACAAACAUCAAGGCAGAGCGCUUUGUCCGGGACAAGGUGGAAUCGCCCGCGUACCAUGCUGAGAUCAUCAAGAAGCUCUCUGGCAUUAUCCAGAUACCUUCCGAAAGCUACGACGAACUGGGGCCCAUCGGAGCCGAUGACCGCUGGAAUGUCUUCUAUCGAAUCGAGGAGUACAUCGAGUCGAACUACCCAAAGGUCCUUGAGAAGGCCACAUUAGAGCACGCAAACACCCACGGUCUCAUCUUGACAUGGCGAGGAAGCCUGCCCGCGUCAGAAGCCAAGCCGCUUCUCAUGUUGGCGCACCAGGAUGUCGUGCCAGUGCUCGCAGACACUGUACAAGACUGGACACACCCGCCUUACCAGGGACACUUUGACGGCGAGGUCAUUUGGGGCCGGGGCGCAACAGACGACAAAGGCUACCUUAUCUCUAUCCUGGAGAGCGUUGACCUCCUUAUCAAGAGCGGGUUCACGCCGAAGAGAACGGUAAUCCUGGCGUUUGGAUGCGACGAAGAGAUUAGCGGUGAGAACUGCGGGCGUCCGAUAGCAGAUUUCCUGCACCAUCGGUACGGCGAUGAGGGCAUCUACCUUAUCAUGGAUGAGGGGUCCAUGGGAAUACAAAGAGAGUUCAAUCAGUCCUUUGCCAUGGUCAGCGUCGCCGAAAAGGGCUAUUUGGAUGUCGGCAUCAAUGUGACGUCGACCGGUGGCCACGCAUCAAAUCCGCCGGACCACAAUGUCAUUGGCAUCAUGUCGGAGAUUGUCAUGGCAAUCGAAGAAAACGCAUUCCCGGGAAGAGUGACGACCAAGAACCCUAUGUUUGGCUUCUUGGAGUGCGCCGCCGUUCACGCUCCACAGUCCAGCAUGCCCUCGACCGUGCGAAGCAAGUUGGGCCGAGUCGCUGGCGGCGACAUUCAUGCUCAGGCCCAAUUGGCACAGGACCUGGACCAUAUGCGAUACUACUUCCGCACAAGUCAGUCCGUUGGAAAGAUGAGCGGCGGCGUCAAGAUAAACGCUAUUCCAGAGAUUGCAUCGACAAUGGUCAACCUUCGUCUCGCCGUGGAGUCGUCAAUCAGCCUGGUCGAGCAGCAUUAUGAGAAUCUGGUCCGACCGAUUGCUCAGAAACAUGGCAUGGUGUUUGAGGGAUUCCGUUCGUCGUAUGGCUCACCCGAGCGUCGAAAGGUGAGCCUCUACGGAGUCGAUGCGCUGGAGCCAGCGCCCGUGUCUCCGCUCGACAGUGAGUCCUGGCGAGUUCUGUCCGGGACGAUCAGGAAUACGCUGCGACCACUGGAAAACGACGACGAACUCAUCGUCACGCCAUACUUGAUGCCUGCGAACACCGACACCAAGUUCUUCUGGGCUCUGACAAAGAACAUAUAUCGCUUCACUCCAAUUAAUCUCGUGGAUAACCUGAACAGGGCGCACACUACUAACGAGUUCAUCCGUGCGGGCGAGUUUGUCAGGGAGCCUCUUUUCUUCGCCACAUUGAUCCUGAACGCGGAUGAUGCAGCCGCUGGAGUGUAA